AUGCUUUAUUUGGUUUUUUUAGAAAGGAGACCUAUGGCAAUCAAAUCACUCAAGAUUGUUCAAAAUUCUGCAAGAAUGCCGACCUUGAAACUGAGAUUUGUCUGCUGGAUUAUCGAAUGUGUAGACACAAUGUCAUCUCAAAUCAAUGUUGCUAAUAAUAAGAUCAUUUCUAUCUCAAAGGAUUCAGUUCAUUGUGUGCUGGGCCUGCCAAACUGUGGUGAUUUAGCGAAACAAGAUAAGGAUAGUGUGAGGAACUUCAUUUUGCCUCGGUUCAGCUUGACGCCAAACAAUAUUUUCUUUGGAGACAUGCUCAUAUCUUCUGAUUUCCUCAGUGAGGAAGACACUUUCAUAUGCUUCAUGGUGAUCGCAAUGCCGUGCUUCCUUUUUCCAUCUUCCAGCGAUCAGAUUCACACUGAGUUUUUGACCUUGCUUGUUGAUUCAAAGCACACAAGUGGUUUUGAUUUCUAUGAGCUUGUUUAUGAUUGGAUACUUACUGGCAUCAUCAAGUAUGUGAUUUCUGGCAGAGUAACGAGCAGGAUACCAAAGGUGUUUGACUUUUGCUCGUACUGA